AUGUUAGCCAUUAACAACACAUAUCCAGCUAGUCAAGGGUAUACCGUGCAGGUGAAAGUCUCGCCAGGUUAUUACGACUUGUUCCGUUAUCUAAUUCCAUUCGUUGUCGUCGUAGGAUUCUGUUUCAUCGUGUUGCUCAUCAGUUUGGCGAUUCGCUUAUGCCGAGAACGUCGGCGUGUGGCGCGCAAACGUCUCUCUAAACGAAAUCUUCGUAAAAUUCCAACCAAGAAGUUUCGAAAGGGUGACGAACCCGAAACUUGUGCAAUUUGCCUCGAUGAUUUCAUUGAGGGUGAGAAGCUGCGCGUUCUACCCUGUCGUCACACUUAUCACUGUAAGUGUAUCGAUCCAUGGCUAACACAAAAUCGUAAAGUCUGCCCGAUGUGCAAAAGACGAGUUGGUGCGAAGAACUCUGACUCGGAGUCCAGCGACGAAGAAAGGCGCCAAGAGGUUGUGAAAAUAGUGGCGAAUAACCAGCCAUCUUCUUCUCGAAGCACUUCUGUUACUCAUACUUACAUCGAAGACGAAGAGCGUACGGAAACUCCUAUACGUAAGCUGCUGUUACUCGUUUUGUAA